AUGGUGAUUUUGGGAAUGAUUUUUGCGGCGUUAUUCGCUUUUACACCCCGUGAGUUGUAUCUGAUAUUCAACUCCGCACACAUUGGCUCUAAACGCCUGAACAUUACGGAUCUUCGAGCUCUACGAUAUCCCUAUGCCGAAUUUGCAUUUUCGGAAGAUAAUGUGAUUAUGCAAAGUUGGGAAGGUGUCGAAAUCGUGGAAAAUGGAGUUAGCCGCUUGAUUUUUGGGAGGGAAAAUGGGGCUGAAAUCUCACCAUCUGCGGAUCUUAAAUACUUUGCAUUAAUGGACCACGCCGCGAAUCCAGGAAUGAAUCCGCAAAACGAAACGUUUCAUUUGAAAAUAGUGAAUAAUAAUGAGAGGUUACUACAUCCAAUGAUUCCUUCUGAUAUUGAAGACUUUUUUCGUGAUCUCUCGGAUUCCAGAAUCACCCAUGACAUUGGUUUGAGGAAUGAGGAAUCCGUGAUUCAGGCGUUCAAAUGGAAUGGGAAACAAAACGAUUUUGUGUUCGUCGAAUCCAACAAAAUCUACUACAAAUCAAGUCCAGAAGACGAAGGCACCAUAAGAGUGAGCAAUGGUGGUGAGAAUACGGUGGACGGACUAUUCGAUUGGAUUUACGAAGAAGAAUUAUUCGGGAAAAAAGAUGCACUCUGGUGGUCCCCCAGUGGAAAUCGCCUGGCAUUCGCUGCAUUCGAUAACCAUCUCACUAAAAAUGUUUCAUUGAAAUCCUAUCAUCGUCUUCAUUCCUAUACAAUUGAUACCAAUUUACACUACCCGAAAACGUUCGCUAAAGUUCUUCCAACGUAUUCAUUAUCGAUUUGGGACAAGAAAUCUGAGCAAUCGAAACAGAUGGAUGUUCAAUUGAAGGAUAGCGUUUCCUAUCACUAUUUGUUAGCUGUCAAAUGGAUUGAAAGUAAUGGUGUUGAGAAAGUGGUUUCGGUUUGGGCCAAUCGCUAUCAAAAUGAAGUGGCAUUGACAAUUUGUGAUUGGGAAUCUGCAAUUUGUCAUUUGGAAUUCGAGUACAAAUACGCUGCCAAACGAUGGGUGACUCAUGACGACUUCAAUACUCUCAUCUUCUUUGAAGACACUCUAUACUUCCUCCUUCCCCGUGAUAUGAAAGAUAACGCUUUCCAACAAAUCGCAUCACUUCGAAUCUCAAAUGGUCAGCCGAAGACUCCAAAGUUUUUGCAACUCGGAGAAUAUGAUGUUAGUUGGAUUGACGGAAUCAAUAAGGCUACACGAACCCUGUACUUCCAUGCGACUGCACCAAAACCAUCUCAACGGAAUUUGUUUUCUUUCGAUUUGAGUUCUCCAAAACCUACUCUAGACUGUUUGACUUGUAAAAUCGAUAAUUGUACUUGGGUGCAAGCAAUUAUUGAUGAUGAGAUGAAGAAGGCGGUGGUUUCAUGUAAAGGACCAGCUGCACCACAUACGGUUGUCCUGAAUUUGACUCAAGGAUCCAAAGAGUACUCCGAACUUUUGGAGGAUCGAUCUUAUCAAAAUCGUUUCGAGGAAGCCAGCUUGCCAGUCAUCAUAACAGAAACUAUCAAAAUAUCGGAUACCUAUGAUGCCCAAAUCAAGCUCUCAAUUCCAAAAGACAUUUAUACCCGGGAGAAAACUCGAGCCAUCCCAUUAUUGGUCCAUGUCUACGGUGGACCAAACGAUCAGAAUACAAAAGAUGCGAGCCAAAUUGGAAUCGAAGAAAUCGUCGCUUCUGGACAACAAGUCGCGAUUUUGAGAAUCGAUGGAAGAGGAAGUGGUGGCCGAGGCUGGAAAUAUCGAUCAGCAGUUUAUGGACAGCUGGGAACGGUGGAAGUGGACGAUCAGUUGAAUGUUAUAAAAACUGUUCUCCGUGUCUAUAAACAUCUUUUGGAUUCCAAUCGAGUAGCUGUAUUUGGAUGGUCCUACGGUGGUUUUAUGACACUUUCAAUGGUUAAUGAGGCAGCCGAGAACAUGUUCAAAUGUGCGAUUUCAGUGGCUCCGGUUACUAAUUUUGCUUAUUAUGACGCCACAUACACCGAACGCUACAUGGGUGAUGCUCCAUUAGAAGCGUACAGUGACGUCACCAAAAAAUUGGACAACUUCAAAACGACCCGUCUUUUAUUGAUGCAUGGAUUGUUGGAUGACAACGUUCAUUUCCAAAACAGUGCAAUUCUGAUUGAAGAGCUUCAAAAUCGUGGGAUUGAUUUUGAUCUAAUGGUCUAUCCGAAUCAAGCACAUUCACUUUCCAGUCGGACCGCCCAUGUCGUUGGAAAAAUGUCACAAUUCUUGAAACAGUGUUUUUCGAUGGACAAGUGA